GCCCUCUUCUCUCCCCGGUUACCGAACAUGACACAAUGUCUGCCGGUAUAAAAAGCCAGGGCCACUCCUAUGCACGCUCCACUUGUCUGUCUGGAGACCACUUCAGUGCUCUGCAGUAGCGAAUAAAGGGAGGAGGCUGCUGCUGCUGCUGUUGUUGUUAGGAUCCGGCGUGCGCACGGGAGAUACAAGAGAGAGAGAUAGAGAUACGGAAGAGAGGAGAGGAUGGCUACCCUGGUAGAAUCCGCAGAAAUGGAGACUUUAGGUGGCCAAAGCAACACCGGGGCAUCUCCGAGCUCCUCAAGCCCCUCGCAGCACUUUAACGACAGCAAAUUUUACCUGCUGGUUGUGAUCGGGGAGAUGGCAUCUGAGGAUCACCUGAAGUGUGCCAUUGCGGACAUAGAGAAAGGGAUUCGCUCAUGGGACACAAACCUCAUAGACUGCAACCUGGACCAGGAACUCAAGCUGUUUGUCUCCAGACACUCAGCCCGCUUCUCUGCAGAUGUCAGAGGGCAGAGAAUUCUUCAUCAUAAAAGCAAUGUGCUGGAGACAGUAGUGCUUAUCAACCCUUCGGAUGAAGCCGUCAGUACCGAGGCUCGAUUGAUGAUCUCAGACACUGCAAGACACAAGCUUCUGGUUCUCUCAGGGCAAUGCUCUGAAAACACUGGAGAACUGAUUCUUCAGUCUGGAUCUUUCUCUUUCUUUAACUUCAUUGACAUAUUUACCGACCAAGAGAUUGGUGAAUUGCUGAGCACCAUUCACCCAGCAAACAAAGCCAACCUUACACUCUCCUGCCCGGAACAAGGCGACUGGAAAAACUCAAACUUGGACAAACACAACCUGCAGGACUUCAUCAACAUGAAAUUAAACUCCACUCUUAUACUGCCUGAAAUGGAGGGGCUCUCAGAGUUCACUGAAUAUUUAUCCGAAUCUGUAGAGAUCCCAUCUCCCUUUGACAUGUUGGAACCACCCACCUCAGGUGGUUUCCUCAAACUCUCUAAACCAUGCUGCUACAUUUUCCCUGCUGGUCAUGGUGACUCUGCUCUCUUUGCUGUCAAUGGCUUCAACAUGCUCAUCAAUGGUGGCUCAGACAGGAAGUCUUGCUUCUGGAAAUUGGUGAGACACUUAGACAGGGUGGAUUCCAUCCUCCUGACACACAUUGGAUACGACAACCUGUCAGGAAUUAAUAGCAUGCUGCAAAGGAAGGUGGCAGAGCUUGAAGAGGAACAGUCACAGGGUUCGACAGCUAACAGUGACUGGGUGAAGAACAUGAUUUCUCCAGAUAUUGGUGUUGUCUUUGUGAAUCUUCCUGAAAACCUGGAUAACCCUGAGCCCAAUUACAGAGUUCGGAAGAACCUUGAGGAGGCAGCAUUCACAAAGCAGUGUCUCACCAAGCUGAAUUUGAGGAUAGAACCAUUGCAGAGGCCUGUUGGAAACAGUAUCGAACCCAUCAUACUUUUUCAGAAAAUGGGUGUUGGAAAACUUGAGAUGUAUGUACUUAAUCCAUCAAAGAACAGCAAGGAAAUGCAGCACUUCAUGAAGCAGUGGACAGGUAGUGAACAAGACACUGCUUCUAUUCUGCUGCCAAAUGGAAAAGAAUCAGAAUUCCCUGUCUCCUAUUUGGCGUCUAUCUCUUCACUGAUUGUGUGGCAUCCUGCAAAUCCCUCAGAUAAGGUUGUGCGUGUUCUCUUUCCUGGAAAUACCACCCAGCUACAGAUCUUUGAAGGUUUAGAAAAAUUAAAGCACUUGGACUUCUUGAAGCAGCCAGUUGUCACUCAGAAAGCAAUGGCUUCUUCUUUGCCGUCGACCCCGACACUAAAGCAAGCUAAGAUGAAACACAGAACAGAGAGCAAAGAAAGCCUCAAGUCUACCCCUAAGCCAUCACCAAGCAAAAGCAUAAGGAAGGAAUCAAGGGAGGAGGUACCAGAAAAAGCAAAAACAGAUGCAGAAUCAUCAUACGAAAAAUUACAGAAGACAGAGAAAAAGGAAAAGCCUGUGCUGAAAAAGGAAAAGGCAAAGGCCCCGGAGAAGGAAACAAAAUCAAAGACUGAGCAAACAGUCAAAAAUGAAACUCCUGAAAAAAAGAAGAUAGUUAAAAAGGAGACUAAAGUGAUUGUGGAAAAGAAAAAGGACAUUAAAAAAGAGGUGGCAAAGAAGGAGGAUACACCCAAACAAGACGCUAAGAAAGAUGAAAAAGUAAAAAAAGAAGAGGCAAAGAAAGUUGUAAAAAAAGAUAUCAGAAGAGACUCACCAAUGAAGGAAAAGAAAGAAGAAAAGAAAGACCAGAAGAAAGAUGUAAAAAGGCCCAUGAGAGACAUAAAAAAGACAUCUGCUAUGGGUGAAGAAAAGAGUCUAUGUGCCCCAAAACCAAAGCCCUUUAAAAAAGACACUGCCUCUAAGAAAGAUGCAGGAACCCUGUCAAAGUCAAAAGAGAGAGGGAAAUCAAAGGUGGCAAAAGUAGAUAGUGGUAAACUUGUGACAAGUGCAGCUGAUGUUACAGCAGAUCCAGAAGCAGAAAGAUGCCUGAUGUCUUCACCAGAGGACCUCACAAAGGACUUUGAGGAGCUUCAAGGUGAAGAGUUUGUGGAAGAUGAUGCAGCUGUGCAACAAAAGCAGGAAGAAGAGGUUGUGAUAAUCCACCAUGAAGAAAUAUUGCAAAGCAAAGAGUCCCCAGAGACAAUAGAGUCUGUGGAUGAAGGUAUAACAACAACAGAGGCUGAAGGAGACAGUGGAGAGACUCCAGAUGAACAAGUUCCUAAGGGAAAGCUUAACGGUAGUGUAAUUGAGAAGUUUGAAGAUGAAGGCACUGUAAUGGAAGAGACAUCUGAAGGAGCAGAUUAUGAAGAGAAGGGGGAGACAGAAGAAGUUUAUGAACCACAGAGAGUGGAGCCAGAAAAAGUUGAGCCAUCUCCUGGUAAAGAUAAACAACAAGAGAAGCAUGAUGACGUGAAACCGGGAGAUUAUGAAGAAAACAAUGAUGAUGUGACUAAUAAAAAUGUAAGUCUACAUUUAACUGGCAAAGAAACAGAGAAGCCUAAUCUCUUUGUAUCAGCCUUACCCAAAGUGUCCUCACCAGUUUCUCCAGCUGCAUCUAUCCAUGAUGAAAUGUUUCCAGUUGGCUUUGAGAGCUCAGUGGCCUCAGAUGAUGAGAACAGAGAUGAACCCCAAGAGGAUUAUACUGUCAACUCUGGCCACACACAGUCCACCAUUGAAGUCUCCAGUGUGCCUACACCCAUUGAUGAAAUGUUGACUCCCAGAGAUAUCAUGAGUGAUGAAAUCACCAAUGAUGAGUCUCCAUCACAGGAUGUUGGCAAGUUUGGAACAUCAGCAUCUGGAGAGUUUGGUAGGAAGACGCUGUCUCCACUUCAGGAUAUGCCAGGGUCAGAUCAUUCUCAGAGUGGCGCCACAGAAGGCCAAGACUACAACCACUCCGCUUCCACAAUAUCUCCCACUUCAUCGAUAGAAGAGGACAAAUUUUGUAAGGAGGUUCCCUUGGGGGAGAAAGAUAAAGGGUUUUCCCCAACUCAAGAAUCAUGUGAUAAGUAUGACACAGACUUGGCUAAACUUAGUUCAGCCUCCACAACAUCCCCUCUUGUACGUUCUCCCUCAGUGGACCGCAAGGACAAGUUUGAUUCUCCAUCCCUGUUUGCUGCUCCAAUUGAACUGUCCACAACACUUUCAGGGUGCAGCAAACCAACAGUUGAUUCCGCCGUCAGCCCUGAUGAUAACACAUUGGAAGGAGCUAACUCACCCCAAUCAUCAGGUCACACACCUUACUAUCAGUCACCAGUAGAUGAAAAGGCAGGAACCAUACCACCUGUGUCAGAAAAGCAAGGACCAACAAUUGUGGAGGUCACAAGUGAUAAAGAGACCUCUUCCAAUCGAGUAACCCCAGAGCCUUAUGAGCCAGAACAUGAAAGUUCCUCUCCUGAAGAGAGAGUAAUGUUGUCUCCACGAAGCCUGCCACCAGCUGAACCUGACUAUCUGAAAAAGACAGAAAAGUCCCCCUUUGACAUAGAUCAGAAGAAAAAUGGAGAGAAUAACCAAUCAAUAUUGUCUUCAGCACAUAUCAACAAGCAUGAAACAGAUACUAAUCCUUUCACAUCUUUCAAAGAAGAGAGUAAGAUGUCCAUUUCAGAAGGUACAACAUCAGACAAGUCAGGAACUCCAAUAGAGGAAGUGGUAGCAGAAGAUACUUUUUCACAUUUAGCCUCAGCAUCUACAGCAUCUCUGGCCACCAGCUCCUUGCCAGAACCAACCACCGACUCUCCUUCCCUUCAUGCUGAGGUAGGCUCUCCUCACUCAACAGAAGUAGAUGACUCCUUGUCUGUCUCAGUUGUUCAGACCCCAACCACAUUCCAUGAGGCUGAGGGAUCUCCAUCCAAGGAAGACAGUCCAAGACCCAUGUCUAUCUCCCCAGACAUCUCACCAAAGACAAAAGGCAGAUCCCAGAUGCAGGACGCAAAAUCACCAGAGCAUUCUACCAUGUCAAUAGAGUUUGGCCAGGAUUCCCCUGACCACUCUUUAGCCCUAGACUUCAGUAAACAAUCACCAGAGCAUCCAUCAGUAGGUAGCUCACGUGCGACAGAGAAUGGACCAACUGAGGUAGACUACAGCCCCUCAGAUGGAACAAAUGGAAGACCAUCUGAAGAGCAUAGUUCAUAUGUUGAGAAAUCUUUUCCUUUUGAAGAGAGCGAUUCAGUUCCUGCAACUUCUGCAACCCCAUCAGAUGCCUCCCAGUCUACUCCCUCUGUUACAACCCCAUGUCAAAUGACAGAGAUCCCACAUGCCUUGGCCGAGCAGACUGAUAAAUCUCCAGUCACCCCAAAGACGUCCUCUCUCCCCCACUCUCCCUGUUCCAGUGGGCCAUCUCCAGUGCUAGGAGGCCCCCCAGCUAAAGAUAGCAGCAGCCCAAUUUCACAGCCUGGGGAGAGCCUUUCCGACAAAUCUGCAACACCUCUAAAAUAUGACAAGUCCCCCUCACCUCCUAAAGCUACUUCCCCGUUAUCAUCUUUAACUUUUUCAAAAGAAGAAACCUUUUCCCCGGCAAAGGAGACAAACCCCUUUAAAUGUGAGGGUUCUACCCUUGAGGCGCAAUCGCCCAUAAGCCCCAAAGUUCCCUCCCCGUCAUAUCUACCGCUUUCCUCUGAUCCGUGUAAUUACAAUUUUGCCUGUGGCUCCAGGGACCCAGCCUUCACCAAGAAGAGCCCCACUGCUCCAUCCAAGACAGAUGUUGACCUCUGCCUUGUAACUUCAUGUGAGUACCGUCACCCCAAGACAGAACUAUCCCCAUCUUUCAUAAACCCUAACCCUAUAGAAUAUUUCAUCAAUGAGGAGAAUGCCUUAGAUGAGGAGAAGCCUCUGACAAAGUCUGGAGGAGGGCCCCCACCUCCAGGAGGUAAGCUCUCUGCCAAGCAGUGUGAGGAGACCCCACCCACAUCUAUCAGUGAAUCUGCCCCCUCACAGACAGAUUCAGAUGUCCCACCAGGGACCGAGGAGUGCCCCUCGAUUACAGCAGAUGCUAACAUUGACUCUGAGGACGACUCUGAGACUCUGCCAACUGACAGAACCCUGACCUACAGGCAUGCCGAUCCUCCUCCAGUGGCACUGAGGGACUCUGCUCCAUCCUCAGGCCCCCAUGAUGUCUGUAUGGUAGACCCAGAGGCCCUCAAGGCAGAAGAAAACCUCCACAAUGCUAAUACAGAGGGAGGGGAAAAGCCCAAGAAGAAAAAGCUCAUGAAAAAGUCCUCCUCACCAGCCCGGAAGACUGCUUUAUCAAAAGUGAAGGAUUCAAAAACUUCCUCUCCUAAAAAGUGUGUUGGAGAAGGGAAAGAUGCCAAAAAUGCAACCAAUACCUCUGCAUCAAGAGGUGUAAAAAGUGUCACAUCAAGUGCUGGCAGUGGAAAGGUAGCAGGUGGUGCAUUGCCCAAUUGUCCUCCAAUGUACAUGGAUUUGGUUUACAUCCCCAAUCAUUGCAGUGCCAAGAAUGUGGAUGCCGAGUUCUUCAAACGAGUUCGCUCCUCUUACUAUGUUGUCAGUGGCAAUGAUCAGACAGCUCAAGAGCCCAGUAGGGCUGUCCUUGAUGCUUUGCUUGAAGGAAAAGCCCAGUGGGGAAACAACUUGCAGGCCACACUGAUCCCUACCCAUGACACUGAUGUGAUGAGGGAGUGGUACCAGGAGACCCACGACAAGCAGCAGGAGCUCAACAUCAUGGUCCUGGCCAGCAGCAGCACUGUUGUUAUGCAGGAUGAGUCCUUCCCUGCAUGUAAAAUAGAGAUGUAGGCCUGUUCAACAAGAGAUCAGGUUGCUUAGUGACUGAUAAUGAGACAAAUCAUUAGUUGAGGCAGAAAACACUUCCAUGUAGCAUUAAACCCAUUUAAACACCUAUAUGAUCAAAUUAUGCUUCUUGUGUACUAUUUCCACAAAAAUCAAUAUCUGCAAUGAGAAACAAAACUAAUACACUACGCUUUGAGGGGUGCCAUGCAAAACACAAUGUUUUCUAUAAAACAUCAUUGACUUCCUCCAGGUGUUAUUUUAAGGUAUAAAUGGAUUGUACUUGAAGGAAAUUAGAGAUUAUAGUCCAUGACUAUGGUCAUGCAGAUUGAGUAAUUAUGUUGUUGUUGUUGCUGUAUUGAGUUUCUUCUGCACCCUAGAACAAAAUAUUUGAGUGCUUUUAAUCAAUUUAAUGGCUGUGUAGGAGCGAAAUAUCUCUUCCUAUGGUAUAUUCAUAAAUAAUGGCUGUUAUCUACACCAAAGGACAAAAAACAAAUUUUCUGUUAUUGCCUUAGGAAGUCAAAAUGAAUGUAUAAGAACUAGUGAAUCUAUCAGAAAAGUGUAACUGUACACUCCAAACGUCAACCCCAUUAAAAGUUACAUAGUUAAAUGAUGGUAAAAAAAACAAAAACUUGAAAGAAUACUCAACAUCAGCAAUUUUAAUGAUGUCUGAAUUUAUUGAUGGGCAAUUCAAAGUGCCCAUGCCAUUUUAAAAAUGUUGCUUUUGUCUUUAAGUUUCCUGGGUUUUAUUUGAUUCAAAAUGGAUGAAUGUUUGUGGGGUCUUUUCCUCUGGUUUAUGUUGCUGCUGGUGUAUGAAAAUGAUUUAUUUUGUUUCUUUUAAUUCAUUGUACUUGAUGGUCCAGACUGCCUUUAAUACAUUAACAAAACAAAAGUUGUUUCAGAAUGCCAUCCCUCGCAUUUGUUACAUCCAUAAAGUCUUCUUCGCGAUGCUUUAUGAGGGUUGCCUUCUAUUUCACAUUGUCUGCUUUAUUUACAGAUUUUAAGUUGUUUCACAGAGAGAAAAUCAUGACUUACUUCUCGUAUCUGUUUUUAUGUAAUCACUAAACCGUGGGGAAACUAGCUCUUUCCAAUUGUGGAGGCAGGAUUUCAUAAACCUUAAAAUGUCUUGUUUUUCUAAAGCACUGUAUUAAAAUUAUAAAUAUCUUUGUGGGCAAAUGAGUGAUUGGAAGACAUGCAUGAGUUAUAAAACAUUUGUACUUUUUUCUCUUUUCUUUGCUUAGACUUGCAUUAAGAACAACAGGGCUAUAUAGGAUUAUUUUACGAUAUUGGCAAGUUGCAUCAUCUCAUGGUACACUUCUGCAACUCUGCAUUUUUUAAUGGCACUGUAUCGAUACACAACUUGACUUUGGAUGGCGCACAGAAUAGGUUUUCAGGUUGAUGUGAGCCUUUUGGGAGGCUGAACAUUUCCUGUUACAAGAGAGAUCUUGCUCUUUAGCCAGGAUUAAAGGGAACAGCAGAGGGGAAGCACACAGAGAUGAGAGAGUAAGUGACUUGUGUGUUUUAGAUGUGAGUAUGUUAAACUUAAACUUGACACUUUAAACACAAGCAGGACAUACACCAAACUGCAGUACAGAAGCCACAGAUCAACACUGACAGGCCAGCUUCCGGUUAAACAAAUCACAACUUCAUUAUAACAGGCUUUGGGACUCUUUAAACAACUCAACAAGCUCACCAGGUAUCUCUGAAAUUAUAUCAGGUGUUUCUGACUUCACUAUAAACCAGUUUUCCUGCAGGGGAACCUUAAACCAACACCCUGACCAACAACAAAACUACAAACUCUGAACUGACAUUUCUCUUGAACGGACUUUUCUCUUUUCUCUGUCUUUUUUCUCUACACUUCUUCUACUUCUCUUUCAGGCUACUGUCUCUGCCUUUUCUCCUUAUAUUUCUCUUGGGAGAACUUUAGUCAUGUUUGUCUGCAGCUGUGUGGUAUAUUUGUCUUGUGAUCUUGCAUCCUCUCUGCCUCUUUUCCCGAACUCAUAUGUAACCUAUAGCGAAUAGUUUCGAAAAGUAUUCCUUAGUGCUUUCUGAUGUUUGUGUGCAAUAUUUCCUCUACCCAUACAGUUCUGAUGUAAGAGGGAACACUACUUAAGAACAAACAUUCAAAAAGAACCACAAUAAAGUCUGUUGUGAAAAAAGUC